CACUUUAGCACACUUGCAAUUUCUUUUUCAAUCCCACACAGAGAAGAAUAUCGCAGGGGGAGAGAGAGAGAGAGAGAGGACGCAGCAGUGGCUGCAAUCUGAGCCUGAAGCCGACCUUACCAACAACCCCCGAGACACCGACUGCGACAGAGAGAGAGAGCGACGCGCGCGCGCGCACUAGCAGACACGCGCUCUUUCGAGAAACCCAGAAAUCUUUUGCAUUUUUUUUUAGCGGAGUUGGAGCUCAAAUGGCGCAAAUAAUGGGCAUGUACAGGAUCGAAGCUUGUGGGAUAGUGUAGGAGAAGGGAAGGCUGUAAGACGCUUUCACUUCUCUCACUCUCUCGCACUCUCGCUCUUUGCUCGGGACCUUUUCGGUUUCUUGAGCUCUCUGCCUUUGAAUGGCUUACCGGAGAAUGGUGUCUGGGAGCUUGGAUCCGGAGAGGAAGAGGAGCGGGGGAUUGAGGACGAAGCAGGCGGGAAGAGGGUCGUGCCGCGGGAGUUAGAUAGAAGUCGCCGGAAAAUGAUCGGUCUCUGCCGGCGGUAAAUUAUUUUUGCUGUAUCUGUUUCUCUGUCUCGCUCUUCAGUCUCUGUUCGCUUGUUUGAAUCCAAACUCGUUCGCUAAAGUGGGUGAUACCGAGCUCCGAAGCUAUGGGGUACUUGCUCAAAGAGGUGCUCAAGUCGCUGUGCAGUCCGAAUCAGUGGUCCUAUGCUGUGUUCUGGAAGAUCGGAUGUCAAAACCCUAAGUUAUUGAUUUGGGAAGAUUGUUAUUAUGAACCCUCACCAUGUUCUGCUCCAUGCAUUUCUGGAUCUGAGACUUUUAAAGAGUGGGAGGGAUCCUGGGAUUCUCCGGAAAUUCGCUCCUCUCAGCUUCGGAGUCAAUUAGGGGACAGAGUCCAUUCACUGAUAAAUGAUAUGAUGAUUAAUAAUCAAGUUUAUGUAGUGGGUGAAGGGAUAGUUGGGCGAGCUGCAUUUACAGGACACCAUCAGUGGAUUCUUUCAAACAACUACAAUAGGGAUGCCCAUCUAUCAGAGGUUCUAAAUGAGGUUCGUCACCAAUUUUCAGCUGAAAUGCAGACAGUUGUAGUUAUUCCUAUUCUUCCGCAUGGGGUUGUUCAACUUGGUUCUUCUUUGUCUAUUAUGGAGAAUAUUGGACUUGUAAAUCACGUGAGGAAUCUUAUCUUGCAACUGGGAUGCAUCCCUGGUGCUCUUUUAUCUGACAACUAUGCAACAAUAGAUUCUGCUGAGAAAAUUGGAGUACCAGUUACUUUUGGAGUGCCCGUAUCUGUGGAACCUUCUGGAAGUUAUAAAGUGACAAAUCCCUCACUUUUGAUGGUUGAUGACUGUAAAAAACAAAGCAAUUUAUCUCAGGCUUCAAGGCUUGUUGGUCAAUCAUCUCAUUCUGUAAUAGGGGAGAUUCGGAAUAACCUGUGGACUACUGCCUCAACAUUUCGACCUCCUAACAAGAUCCAAACAAUGCCUACAUCCCAUGAUGACAUUUGCCAACAAAAAGUAACUCCUAUGAUGAAGCCAAAUUUUUCUAUCAACAACAAACUUGGGAGUGGAGUUGUGGGAGCUGAAGUGAUCCCCUCAAAUCCUGUUGCAUGGCAGAGCCAGCAGUCUUCUUUCUGCAAUUCAAGAUCUGGGUUGAAUUAUCAACCUGAAUUUGGCCAAUUGGGGGGAAGUGAUAGCAACCAAAAUAUAAUGGAGCAACAUAUUUUGUCAGGUGCUGGUGUUCAAGAUCAUCUCAAUAUGAACUCAAGUGCAUCAAGUACUUUGAAAAUGUCUCAACCGAGAAGAAAUGGAGGGCUAAUGCUUGAUUCCCACGUAGCUUCUGUUGCUACUCCAUUGUCUGAAGGAAGUAAGUUACAUGGUGAAAUCGAUAAAUAUCGUUCAAAGCCAAAUUCAGUUCCUUGUUCUCUUCCAAGACUAUAUAGAGCAGAUGACAGUAAUCUUUCUGGUGCACAUCUCACUGAACUUGGGCUUCCAUAUGCUUGUUCAUCGAAGACACAGGGGGUUCCUUUACAUGGUCUGGCGGAUCAAUUAACUUCCAGUAACAUGCUUUCAGGAGAAGUUGAUCAAAGACGGAUUUCCACAGUUGUGAAGCAUAAUCAAACCAAGUUGGCACAAAGGGAACAUAAAAUGGAUACUGAGUUUUUUCAAGGCCUUGAGAUCCUACUCCACCAUCCAGACAAGCAUAUGUCUUUGAGUGAGCAUAUCCCUGGUUUUUCUCCUGAUUACCAGAACCAUGACAGUGGAAAUAAGAUUCCCUCUGCAAAUGCUAAGCAUGAAGAUGCAUGUACCCAGCCUCCAUCAGGGGACGACUUAUUUGAUAUUUUGGGUGUGGAAUUUAAAAAUAAACUACUUAGUGGCACUUGGAAUAAUUUUCUUGCUAAUGGGCCAUAUGUAAAUACGCAAAAUCUGGGUGAGAAUUCUUCAGUGUUAAUGAACAUGGAGGGUGUGGGUUCAGAUUUGUGUCCAGUAAGUGAAGGAAUAUCGGAGAGUGGUAUCUUCACUGGGAUAGGCAGUGACCACCUUUUAGAUGCUGUGGUCUCUAGGGCUCACUCUGCUUCCAAGCAGAGGUCAGAUGAUGAUGUGUCUUGUAGGACGACAUUAACAAAGAUCAGUAGCUCCUCUGUUCCUAGUAGUUCUCCCACCUAUGGACGGGUUAGUAUGUCUGAUCAAGUGCAGGGGGAGUUUUUUGGCCUUCCUAAGCCUCCAGGAAAACUAGGGACUGUAGAAACUAGUUCUCUUAGACCUGGUUACAGCAAGGAUGAUGCAGGAAACUGUUCUCAAACUACUUCCAAUUAUGCAUCUCAUAUCAGUUCAUGGGUUGAGCAGGGUAGUAAUGUGAAGCGUGAUAGUAGUGUGUCAACGGCAUAUUCUAAGAGGCCUGAUGAAAUCAACAAAUCAAACCGCAAAAGGCUUAAACCUGGGGAGAACCCGAGACCGAGGCCAAAGGAUCGCCAGAUGAUCCAAGAUCGUGUGAAGGAGUUGCGGGAAAUUGUGCCAAAUGGAGCAAAAUGUAGCAUAGAUGCACUACUUGAACGUACCAUCAAGCAUAUGCUUUUCUUGCAAAGUGUCACAAAGCAUGCAGACAAGCUAAAACAAACCGGGGAGUCCAAGAUUGUUAGUAAAGAAGGUGGACUGCUUUUGAAAGACAAUUUUGAGGGAGGGGCGACAUGGGCAUAUGAGGUUGGCUCACAAUCCAUGGUCUGCCCCAUUAUAGUUGAAGAUCUGAAUCCACCUCGUCAGAUGCUUGUGGAGAUGCUUUGUGAAGAACGGGGUUUCUUUUUAGAAAUAGCUGAAAUUAUCAGAGGAUUGGGUUUGACCAUCUUGAAGGGGGUGAUGGAAGCUCGAAAUGAAAAAAUAUGGGCACGCUUUGCAGUUGAGGCAAAUAGGGACAUAACGAGGAUGGAAAUAUUUAUGUCUCUAGUUCGCCUCUUGGAGCAAACUGUGAAGGGCAGUGCAGGAUCAGGUAAUGGCAUUGACAACAACAAUAUGAUGGUCCACUGCUCUCAUCCCCAAGCUGCCCCUAUACCUGCAACUGGAAGGCCCAGUAGCUUGCAAUGAUUGGCUGCAUGCUAUACGGGUUCUUGUUGAGAGCGAGCUCGGAAUUUGCUUGCAAUGACUAACAUGGAUUCCGGUGGUUCUAACUUUUGACCAAGUUUUUGUCACCCACAAACCAUAUUAUGACUGAGGUUUGUAGGGGAAGAUUUUUAGUUAGUGAAAUGCUGCUCAAGACCCUUUGUGAGUGUGUUCUUUCCUUAUCCAAGGAAUUAGAUAUUUUCCUCUAGAACCUGAAUCUGAGAAGAAUAUUUAGCCAUGGUUCCCAACUAUUGUGAAGCCUAUUGAUAGCGCACACCCUGGAAAACCUGGAUUUAUUUAAUUUAGCUUGAUGGUUAUCUUGUAGGCAGGAGAGGGAUUCUGGGUUCUGUGGUUCACACAUUGUACAGAAGAUGUGGAACAUGAAAUAGAGAGGUGUUGAAGUGUUUUAGUUGGCAAAUCUUUUUUUUUUUUUUUUCUUCUACUACUGGAUUUUCCUGGGUAAUUGAUGUUACUUAUGUUAAUGUAAUGAUGAAUGUCUUUGAUUCUGGAAGA